AUAAAAUACGCGCGAACAGAAAGGAAACUGCGACGCGUGUCGAACGAUCCAUCAACGAAGGUCGUAACUUCUGAAUAACAAUCAGGUCGUAUUCUAACACGUCGUAGUAAGAGACGAGUGUGGAAAGUGGUUGCGUCGCAUGUGUUCCGAAAUACCGCGGUCACCCAUCGUGUGUACCCGUUCACAGCUGUGUCGGCGACGCGCGCAUCUCAUUCGGCUCGUUCCGCGACAGCAGAAAUCAAGAUGGCGCCCCUCUGUUUGCGGAUAGUUCUGCGACGGAUAUAAAUACGUGAAAAAAACAGUGCGAGAAACGGUUAGAGAGUAAUCAAGGAGAUCGUUUCGAUCAGUAUACGCGUAUAGUAGAGUGACAGUCGAUUGGUAACGCGUCGGGAUUAUCGUAAAUCACUCUGAUCGACCGGUUAAACGGUUGCGGUAUUUGGAACGUCGGCGAAGGUGCCUGUCGGUGCCCACCUGAGGAAUGCCAGAUUAUCCUCGGAACGUCGACUCGCUCGUGUGGGGGAUGGUAAUCGCGUGACGGAUCGCGUGCAAGUCGAUCGAAAGUGUCCGUUUGGUUAGGCGGUCCCCCACGGCAAAGGUGUACGGUCGUUUUGUCCCGUGACGUAUGUGUGUCGCGGAGGGCUGCGAGACAGGUCGGUCGCGAGUGUCGUCGUCGUCGUCGUCGUCGCUGUCGUCGUGCUCGGCUUCGUGCUCGUGUCUGGUGUGCCGCGAGUGGCGUUUCUCGCCGUUUCGAUGUGCUCUCGUCCUCCCCUGGAUUUCUGGACAGGCGAGAUCAGCUGCUGCUGGAACAACUAGUCCGGCGGCCCCGGGAGACGAUCCUCAUCUACAGGAGCGGUGGGGCAAGGAGGUGCCGGAAGCAGCCGCGAGUCCGGAAGCAUAACGAAGAAGAUGGCCUUCAACGAGAAGGUGGACCCCGAGCUGAUAUUCACGAAACAAGAACGAAUCGGUAAAGGUAGUUUCGGUGAGGUGUUCAAAGGUAUCGACAAUAGGACCCAGCAGGUUGUCGCCAUCAAGAUCAUCGAUCUCGAGGAGGCUGAAGAUGAGAUCGAGGACAUACAACAGGAGAUCAUGGUGCUGUCACAAUGCGACAGCCCCUACGUUACCAAGUAUUAUGGGUCCUAUCUCAAGGGUACGAAACUAUGGAUUAUUAUGGAGUACUUGGGUGGCGGCUCGGCCCUGGACUUGAUGAAGGCCGGUAGCUUCGAGGAAAUGCACAUCGCGGUGAUAUUGCGCGAGGUGCUCAAAGGGCUGGAUUAUCUUCACAGCGAACGGAAGCUUCAUCGCGAUAUUAAAGCGGCGAACGUUCUGUUGAGCGAAAUGGGCGACGUUAAAUUAGCGGACUUUGGUGUGGCCGGACAGUUGACCAACACGACCAGCAAACGGAACACUUUCGUCGGGACGCCGUUCUGGAUGGCACCGGAAGUCAUCAAGCAAGCCUCCUACGAUUCCAAGGCUGACAUUUGGUCGCUAGGCAUCACGGCGAUCGAAUUGGCCAAGGGAGAGCCGCCUAACAGCGAGCUGCAUCCCAUGAGGGUCCUGUUCCUUAUACCGAAGAACAAUCCGCCCCAACUAACCGGAAAUUACACGAAACAGUUCAAGGAGUUCGUCGAGGCCUGUCUCAACAAGGACCCGGAAAACAGGCCAACCGCGAAAGAGCUGUUAAAGUUCCAGUUCAUCAGGAAAGCGAAGAAAAAUUCGUACCUGAUCGACCUAAUAGACCGGUACAAAAAGUGGAAGUCGCAGCGUAGCGAAGAAUCUGAAACGGAGAGUGAAAAUUCGGAUUCGGAAGAAUCGAAGCAGGAUAGCGACAUGGACGAGCCAUGGAUAAUGACGGUGAAGGGUCCGCACGGUGUGAAGGGUUCGGUGGUUCCUAUGCUACCUUUGGACGAGCAACCUGCCUCGUUGACCCUGACGCACACUCCAAAUCACAGAUCGACGAAUCACAAUCAACAGACGAAGCCACACGCGAACGGUGCCUCGAGAUCUCCGCCCAAGGAUUCCACGUUGAAUCAUUACAGCAGCGAGUCGAGGGACUCGGUGCGCGAUGCCCAAGCGAAGCACACGCCGUCCCGACCACACGAGGCUGCGCCACCGCCUCCCGUGGACACGCGAGAGAAACGAGAGGAGCGGGAUUACCAGGACUUCAAUCAGGAUUCCUCGAUGAGGGAGUUGAAGGAAAUGCGAGACAGCAGAGACAGCAGAGAUAGCAGAGACAGGGAACGUGACAGAGAGGGACGGGAGAGGGACAGGGGAAGGGACAGGGACAGGGAAUGGAAGAGCAGUACGAAGGAUAUGAGAAGGGGUAGCAGCGAGGACAAACCGAGACCGAGGAGCUCGCAGGAACUGAAACAUCCGCGAAGCGCAGCUCUUUCUGGCGUCGUUUUACCUCUCCUUUCCGAGCUUCAACGGAAGCAUCAAUAUUCGGCAAGAGACAAUAAUGGCGAGGGCGGAAGCGGUAUCGGCAAGAAUGGAGGCGCGAUAGAAGAACUACGCAGCGCGUUCGAGACAGCGGAACGCACUUCGCCUGGAAUGACCGAGGCCCUUAUCAGGGAACUCCUCAAGUCCUUACUUCCUUCCAAUCACUCGGAUGGUCGUCUGUCUAUGCUGAUGGAAAAAGUGAUCCUGAGGGAUACGUAGGGACGCGAGAGGGCGAGGGUUCGCAAGAGAUUGUGGUCCGAGAACAUCCUGACGUUGUAACGAUUCGUUAUUUCUCGUUUAUCAGAGUUAAUUAAUUCCGUAUGAGCCGGUAUACGUUGUUGACGAACGCCGGAUCCGAACGUGAGAGAGAUGGGCAGAGUAGAAGAAGAACGUCGCUGUAACGGCCCCGGACAAUUUUUCUUUCCCCCCUUCUUCUUCUUCAGGUCUGCAAAGUGACUAGACUCGACGGAGAGAGAGAGAGUGAGAGAGAGAGAGAGAGAGCUCGUCGAGUUCGUAGCAACUUUUAUCCGAUUAAUCCUGCCUCCUUUGUCCGGUUCGACGCGAAGUGCUCCGUAGCUACAGAGAUGAAAAAUUAUUAUUAGCGACAUUUAUCAGCG